AUGAGAAGGCAGGGUAUCUGGGACGACAUGGGAGGCAGAGGCGGCAGGGUGGAGCAGCUGUGGUGCGCGAGAGGAAUGGAUUCGCGGGUGUGGCUUGUGCAUGAAGCGGGGUUGAUAGUACCGAGUACGAGGUGGAGGGUGGGGACGUGGAGGGCGAUGUGCCACGUGGCGAAGAAGCGAGGUUUUGUUGAUGGAGACGAGGGAAAGGGGAAAAACGGAAAGGGGGGGAAGGGGAAAAAAAGAGAGAAGGGGAAGGGGAAAAGUGGAAAUGAGGGAAAGGUGAUAAGAGGAGGCGAGGGAAAGGGGAGAAGAGGAGAUGGGGAGAAGAGGAACGAAGCAGAUGAAAGGAAGGGGGGUGAGGGGCAGGGCCAGGCAGGUGGUGCGGGCGAUGGGAGAAAAGCGAGUGAAGGAUUAGUGGGUGCGGAAGUCGAGGGCGCCGAUGAGACGAGGCUGCGCAGCCGGCGGAGGAGGAGGGGGAGGCCGCGGAAAGUGGGGCCUGGGCUAGAUGCUGCCAUCCCGUCUGCCGGUGCUGGCAGGGAAGCGAUUGGGCGUGCUGGUGGCAGCGACGGCAGUGCUGUGUGGAGCGAUGGCGGUGUGAGGGAGCAGCAGCAGGAUGAGAUGGGUGGUGCUUCCGAGUUGGAGGAGGUCCACCAUGGCCUCAGCAGCACUGCACGCUCUCAUGAUGGUAUCGCUGCCCUUAACACCUUCUCCUCCACCCUCACACCCAACCCCACUGCCAACCCCACCCCCAUCGCCAUUCCCGCCUCCUCGCAGCCCCCAUCUCUACAUGUGCAGUUCCAAGACCUCUACUCCUCCCACCUCGCGCACAUCGCGCCGCCCUUCGCCUCGCACCGGGCCACGAGGGACAACGCCAUGGCGCUGCUCGCCCUGCAUCCCUCACCCCACACCGUUGCUGCCAUCUUCCGCGCCUGCUCCUCGCUCUUCCUCGUGCCCCUCACCCACCGCAUUCGGGCAGCUCUUGAGAUCUUUUCUGCCCACAGGCUGCCCGAGUCGCUGUUUCUGAGUGUGUUGCACUUCCUCUUCCUGCACCUCCCUCCCCCCACCGUCGCCAAGCUGCUGCACUCUGCUGCCUGCCGUGUCUUCCGCACGCCCCUGCCCUCGCUCCUCCUGCACCUCUCUGCAAUGCACUCUAUUAUCGCCCCCCCUCACUCGCUUCUCUUCCGCUACCCCCUCGCCCUCCGCUUCUCCCCUGAAAUACUUAAACAGAGACUUUCCCGAUUGGCUGAAAUUGUGCCGCUGACAGAAGCGCAGGAGGGGGUGGGAGGUGAAAAGGGAAGUGGAGGAGAAGGAGAGGGGAACGCAAAAUGGAGCGUACGGGGAAGGGUGAGGUUUGACUCUGCCUCGCUUCUUCCAGUCCCUCCUCUCGAUCCUUCCCUUUCGUUUGCAGCGGAUCCAGCGGUGCUCUCCCUCGUGCGCAAGCAACCGCACAUCCUCCACGCCAGAAGGGAAACCAUGCAGGAGGUGGUAACCACACUCACCACUCUCUUUGGCCCACAAGGCACCUCCUACGUGCUCUCCCGUCACCCAGCCCUGCUCACUGUGUCCCCUCGCACAAUAGAAGAUGCCAUGUUCGGACUUAUCGACAUUUUUGGAGAGGAAGUUACCUUAGAUAUGAUACAGCGCGAGCCGGGGAUAAUCCAGGUCCGGCACAGUACACUCCGGCCGAAGAUCGAUUUCGUGCUUGGGGAGAUGAUGCGCAGCAAGGAGGACAUGAGGGUGUGGCCGAACGUGCUGCUGCGCAGCCUGCCGCGCAUGCUGGUGCCGCGGUAUUUCCUGGUGACGAGGAAGGACCGCCAUGCCGCCAGGGUGCUGUCUCUGCCGUGCCUCUUCAGCAACUCUGACGCGCGGUUUAGGCGGAGAUGGGAGGUCAGUGAUGCGGACUGGAGCAAGGCACUUAUGGUGGGAGAAGUGUGGGAAGCCAGGAGGAAGGAGGGUGUGUUGGGUGGUGCAAAUCAGUGA